GUUGUUUGCUUACUAUCCUGCGGCAACAAAAAGGAAAAUUGAAAACCCAUGCUUAGGAUAGCAUCGUAGUUUGUUUUUCUUCAAGAUGAUUCGCCUGGUUUUGCUGCUGCUCAUCGUCUCUUGUACGAGCCAGGAGCUACGAACUGAUCCAGCCCCUAUCAUCUAUCCUGGGCAAGUCAAUAUCGGCUUUUUGUCUAAUGUGCACGGUCCUCCUGCUAAUGGAACUGAAGGAUGCGGUCCACUGAGGCCAGAGGCAGUACAACGUGCAAUGGCCGCAGUCUGGGCGGCUUAUCAGGCCAAUUUCCGAAAGGAAGAUGCUCAGGAUCUCAACAUUGGUGUCUACAUCUUUGAUACCUGUGGCCGCGAUGAUGUAGCAGAGAGACAAGUUUAUCGCCUUCUCGGACACGUCGGACAUGUGCAGACAGCAGAUUGUUCAGAAAAGAGGAUUCCACCAUUGUUUGCUGUUUUGACGGAGGGCAAUUGGGACUCCUUGGAAGUACCACUGAAACUGCUCAACGCAUUCUCCGUGCCGGUGAUUUCCACAACUCAAGGGUCUUCAAAUGCGAACCUACUCAGCACUGCUCCUUCCACAGAGGCAUUAGCGAGAGCUGCGGUCAGUGUCCUACGCCACCUGCGAUUGUUGGAAGUUGCUGUGAUGGCAGAGGAUGACCCGCCCAGUCGAUUAUUCGAGGAUUUUUCACGUCAAGCCCAAAUAUCUGGAAUGCAGGCUAUUCCUCUAGACCACGGUGUGCAGCAGGAUAAUGACGAAUUUUUGGCAACAUUGAAAGUGCUUUCUGAAUAUGGAAAGGAUCGUCUAAAAGCUGUUGUAUUCCUCGUCGGGGGUGAACAAGCACUGGACAUGCUUCGUUCCGUGGAUGACAAAAACCUUCCCGAAAUUCCAUGGGUGGUAGUUACACUUUCAGACAUCUCUUCUAGUUUACUGACCACUUUCGACAGGAAGCAAGUGCAGCGAUUACGGAAGGUUCUGCUUCUUUCUCCAGAAUCUUCGGCCAUUCCAGAAUUUGAUACCUAUUUCCAACAACUACUUGAAGAAGAUACCAUCAAGCACCAUCCUCUCCUCAUGGAAUACCUUUCUGUUCAAGAAAAUACUACGACAGGAAAUGUUAUGACGCCAACUGUGUCAAGCAGCAACAUUUCAAGGAUUAUUGGACUUCCCGCCGAUGUGUCAUCCACAGUUAAAGCUGUACAUACUCUGGCAGCUGCUCUGAAGGCCGUCCAAAAGCGUUCUUGCCGACGAGGCACUGACUGCUUGCUUUACUUGAAGAGGAGUUUAAGUUCUUAUGUAGCAAGGGCAGCUACCGGCUUAGAUCAAAUAGUCACAUCAGAGACUCAAACCAUGAGGCUGAAAUUCGAUGAGACAGGAUCGUUAACUACAAUCCGAUACGGACUACGAGGAUUUACAAACGAUGGAGAUAUAAUGGAGUUGGGAUUUUACAGCGAUGAAGAAGGAUUAAGAAUCGAUCAUGAUAUUUUAUUUUCUUCCGAUGCACUUAUACAUACAGAAGUAAUCGAUACUACGCCAAAAUCAGAUCUGAAACUCUCAUUCAGCCUUGACCAGCUCCUGCCUUUAACCAAAAAACUUACUCUCGUAAACGAGACACAAGAAACUACAGCUUCUUCAUCUGUAAUGAACGUGAAAGAUUAUGUUGAAUGGAAAAUUCUUGACGAUGUUGAAUCAGCAAUGGCAAAUGAGGAGGCUGAUACUCAUACUGCCAGUAGCACUAAGAGUGACAUUGAUGUGGUGGUUCCUCUUCAAGACGAUGGAAAUCUGCAGCAUCUUUCGGAUGGCAAUUCAUCGUUCAGUAGCGAUGAUGAUGUAAUUGUUCUAGGACCUUCUUAUGCUAAUGAGCACAAAUCCAGAUCUGCUGCUUCAAAUCUGAGAUCCAUUUCGCUCACCAGCCAUCAAGAACCUAGGAUGAACGAUGCUUUCAGAGCAGAAUCUGCCCUUCAUUCUGAGGAGAAGAUUAUUGCUCAAGAAUCAGCAACAUCCCUCCUCUGCAGAAGACGUGAAGUUGUUCGAGCAGGUCUCGGUCGACAUGUUUCGGCAUGGCUGGGAAGACCAUGGGCACUGUCAGUACUUGGCGUCUGUGGGUUCUUAAUUUUGGCUACGCUGUAUAUUUUAGUUUUUCUCAUGGUUAAAGCCUGCGAAGGCUCACUGAAGAAAACCAACUGUUGUCUGGCUGGUGCCCAGCUUGUGGCACUUCUUUGCCUCUACAUUGCUGCAGCUCUGUAUACGUGGAAACCGUCUGCUCUUCUUUGUGGUCUUCAGAGGCUGAUGCCAAAUGUCAGUCUUUCUUUCUGUUAUGGCUGUCUCUUAUUAAAAGGUAUGUACUUAAGAGCCCAGAGCAGUUUGGGACUUGGAGGUAGUGUCAACCGUUGUAACCAGAUGCUCACCCUUCUGUUCAUUGUGAGUGUUCAGAUUGCUCUCGAAACUCAGUGGUGGUUGAUUCGACCUCCGUCUUUGGCUGAAGAUACUUUAGAAUGUCUCACUGGAAAGAUAGAGAUUUUGCAGUCCCAGCUAUACAUCACGUUUUUAUUGCUGCUAGUAACAGCAGUGGCUGUAUCUACGCGCAGAAUUCCUUACAACCAGCCCGAGAGUAGAAGCCUCAUCGCAACGUCUUUGUGCUGCCUGGUGAUAUUCUUGUCAUGGGAUGUCGCCUGCUGGUUACUGCCCGACUCUACAAGCAGGAAUAUAGCAUAUCCUUCGGCCUUGAUGGCUACUGCUCUCUCUGUACUACUGGGCAUAUUUGGUCCUCAGUUAUUUGCAAUCCACAAAUAUGGUGGCUUUCCACAUAAACCACUUUCAUAUGCAGACUCAUUAUCAACAGUGUUCACCAUGUUUAAAGAUCUUGAUAAUGCAUCAAGUGGAGGCACAACGGCCAGAGGGAAAAAAAAUGCAAAAACACUCGAGACGCCUUUUGCUACGGAAUUAGGUGAAGGUACCCGGAAUCCACUCUACAGCGAUUACCAGUCAGCUUAUCCAUGAUAAAAUAAAGCCCAAAUGAAGAAAGUUCCUCAUCCAUUCUCUCUGAUAUAUACGUGUGAGCAAUACGAAAAUGGGUGUUAAGCCUGAAAACUUGGAACAUCAUAUUUAUUAUUUUAUCUUCGAUUAUACCUUCUAAUGAAACUUAUGUGAUAUUAAGACUCGUAUUACUUUCUGGUGAUUCUUAAAAGUGCCUUAACACAAAUCAGAAAUCGCUUUAAAAGGAAGCAUAUACUGUUGUGCAUUGACUGUUAGCAUUCUAAUUGAUAAGUUGUUCCGAAUGUGGUUUCAUGAAUUCUUUCCUGGUAUUUGUUUGUAAUGUUCUUUAUCAUUUGUUCGCAGUAAAUUAAAUAUAUUGGUGAAAGGUAUUGGAGAAAUUAAUGUUUGCUAUAAAGGGAAUUUAGGGAAAUUUUAAUAUGGAAAUCAAUCUUUGCGACCAUGCUCAAGAACAGUUCAUCUUCUGUCCAUUUGCUCAAACUGUUUUUCCAAAGUUACGAAAUGUUGUCAUGUCAUAAAUUGUAAUGAAGAUAAUUUUUUGCUUUAAGUUGAUAUUUGGUGAUGAUAAUUUUAUGUCAUUGUAAUAAUAAUUUCUACGAAUUUACUUACCAACAUUUCAUAGUUAUAUAUAUGAAUAGUUAUGUAUGGAAACAAAGUAUUUAACCUCAUGUUUCAAAUAGCAUAUUAAUUUCGCAUCACGAUUCCUACCAAAAGAACUUCCGUUUAUAAUUAGAAUUAACUCUUCUAACUAGUUAUUAAAGGCAUAUUACUACUAUUAGUUGCACGUACUUAAUUUAGUUAUGUUAAAAAUAAUUUAAAUAUCCGGAAGUAUAAAAUUUAUCUGUUCAAAAAGUUCGCGGAAUUUUCAUGUCAUGUGUGUUAACUCAAAAUGCUUGAGUUUAGAUGCCAGAGACCAUUAGAGUACUUUCUAUAGAAGAUAUGUAUAAACUGACAUCAUACGGAACUUAUACUUCGUGUUGUAGUACAAAUGGAAUGAAAGCAUCUUUCGGCACAGUGUCGCAUUUUGAGUAAAGAAAUUUGAGUUUCUUUGAUCAGAAAUAAAUUUCUGCUCUGCAAUAACCACCUUAGUCGCCAGAUUUUUUACCUUCUCACCCCGCUGUCUUCUGUCAUCAAGAUAGUUCUGCAAAAUUCAUUGUUUUCAGACAAUUUAAGCUAUCAAAAAGAUGACGCUAUGAGUAUGUGGCUGACAAAUGAUGCAUAAACUUAAUGCUCCCAAAUAUGACAGAUGAGCUAGUGUAAGUAAAUGUAUUCCGAUGUAUAUUUCUUAGAAGUUCACAAUGUAAUAAAUAAUUUUUGACUUUUCAAACGGAACAAUCCUACAAGUAUUUUUCGCGAACUCUUUGAAGCCCAUGAAUAUUCGUCGUGUUAAAAAUUGCCUCAGUUAUAUCCACGAAUUUCAAUUUCAAUUUGUUUUAACUAUCUAUUUGAUAGGAGUCCUUUAAAAAUCCUUAUACUGAGUAUUUACGACAAUAAUUAUGAAUUAGUUAGUUAUCCUGUUAAUGUGAAACUUAUGUUCUCAAAAUGUUUCAAAGAAAUACGAUAUUGCAUCAAAAGAAAACUUUAAAAAAAUUAAUAGCUUUAAAACUCCUUAAUAAUAUGGUCAGCUUAAGAUGAAUUUCUGGUGAAGUCUCAAAAUAUGGUAUAGAUACAAAUUUGUUACCUUCUCUUUUAAGUAUAUUUUUAUUAUUAUAUUUAAAUAUUGAUGCUAACGUUGUAUGUGUUCCCUUAAUUUAUUUAUUGUAUAGAAAAAUAUUCACUUUCAUAAGAAUUUUUUAUCUUGAAACAUUCCGUCCUUAUGUUGACUAAAAUGUUACAUUUCCUUGUUUUCUUUGUUUUUAUUCUUAUUGUGUAUAUAACACAGAAUUGCUUCAAAAACAGAUGUCUUUUCAAUAAAAUAUUUUCAAAACUUAAA